AUGCCGUCCUCUGCGACCUCCAGACGACCGGGCCGUGUGGCCGAAGAUGAGGUCCCGGCAUCCUCUCCCGCCAACUCUUCCGGCUCCGAGUCCGAAUCCGACUACCUCGACAGUCCCGCCUCGCGCAAGAGACGGAGGACCGACCCCACUGCCGAGCCCGAUCUCGAAGAUAUCGAGAACGAUGAUGACGACGACGAGGAGGAAGAGCUCAAGGCCGUCGUAUCCACCAUCCAAGCACCCUCAAGAUUCAAGCGCGCGGCCGCCGCUAUCGACCAAGCUCCCCAGACCUCACGCCCAGCAGCGCCGUCGCAAAACACAAUCACUGCGCCAACAGACCCCAACACCACCUUCUCCGCCAUCAACGUGCGGCCAUGGCUCGUACAGUCCCUGGCCAACAUGGCAAUCAAGAGACCGACGGGCAUUCAAAAGGGCUGCAUACCAGAGAUCCUCAAGGGGCGGGACUGCAUCGGCGGAAGCAGGACGGGUUCCGGUAAAACGGUCGCCUUCGCCGUGCCCAUCCUCCAGAAAUGGGCCGAGGAUCCCACCGCCAUCUUCGGCGUCGUCCUGACGCCCACCCGCGAGCUCGCCCUGCAGAUAUUCGAGCAGUUCAAGGCCAUCUCCUCCCCGCAGAGCCUCAAGAUCGUCCUCGUCACCGGCGGCUCCGACAUGCGCUCCCAGGCCAUCGCCCUCGCGCAACGUCCCCACGUCGUCAUCGCCACUCCCGGUCGUCUGGCCGACCACAUCCGCACGUCGGGCGAGGACACCAUCUGCGGCCUCCGCCGCGUCAAAUACUGCCUCUCCGUCCUCCCGCCCUCCUCGAAGCGCCAGACUCUAUUGUUCACCGCCACAAUCACCCCCGAGGUCCGCGCCCUCAAAGACAUGCCCCUGAAGCCCGGGAAACAGCCCGUCUUCGUCUGCGAGGUCGACACCCAGGCCCUCGCCAUCCCCGCCACGCUCUCGCAGAUGCACCUCCAGGUGCCCGUCACCCACCGCGAGCACUACCUGCACACCUUCCUCCUGACGGACGGCAACGAGGAGAAAUCCGUCAUCAUCUUCUGCAACCGCACCAAGACGGCGGAUUACCUGCACCACCUGCUGCGCAUGCUCGACCACCGCGUCACCUCGCUGCACUCGGCCCUCCCGCAGCGCCAGCGCGUUGACAACCUGGGCCGCUUCCGCGCCGCGGCGGCGCGCAUCCUCGUCGCGACGGACGUUGCGUCGAGAGGUCUGGAUAUCCCCGAGGUCGGGCUCGUCGUUAACUACGACAUCCCGCGGAACCCGGACGACUAUAUCCACAGGGUCGGUCGUACGGCGCGUGCGGGGCGCAAGGGCGAGGCGGUGACGUUUGUCGGGCAGAGGGACGUCGAGCUCGUGUUGGCGAUCGAGGCGCGCGUGGGCAGGGAGAUGGAGGCGUGGAAGGAGGAAGGGGUGAACUUGGAGACGAGGGUGCUGCGGGACGCGCUCAAGAUUGUGAGCGAGAAGAAGAGGGAGGCGUUGUUGGAGCUUGAGGAGGGGAGGGAGGUUGGUGGCAAGAGGAAGAGGACGAAGCAGAAGCUCAAUGCGUGA